AUGAAAAACAUUAUAAAAUAUUUUCGUAUUUUAAAUAUCUCAGCAGAAGAUAAUCCCUUUAUAACUUUUAACUUGUUAAUAGCAAAUUGUAAAGAUAUUUCUAAUGAGUUUUACGAAGAAACUUUAUGUGUGGCUGUACUUGAUAAUAUAAUUAGUGAAAAAGAAUUAAGAACAUUUUUUUCAAAAUUUGGAAUUAUAAAAUCUUUUAAUGUUUUACAACAGAAGCAUUUAUCGAUGAACUUUAAAAAAUUUUCUUUUUGUAUAUAUAUAACAUAUGAAGAAAAACAUAUAAUAGAGAAUAUUUUAUCAUGUAGUGUCCCUAUAAAUGAUUAUUUUAAAUGCAAAAAUCAAGCACCUUUUAUUAUAAAUUUUGAGAAAAAAAACUUUUUAUAUUAUAUAAAAAAAUAUUAUGAUAAUUAUUAUAAUUUGUAUAAAGGAAGAAAAAUAAUUAUUAAUGACAUUUUAAAUUUAAGUAAAGAAAACAAAGUAAAAAAAAAAAAAGAUACAGUAGACGAAGAUGGAUUCACAGUUGUUCAAAGAAGUUCAGACAAGCAAGAAUUUAUAAAUUCUAUAUUUUCUUCAAAAAACGAAAAAUUUAACAACUUAAAGAAAAAAAAAAAAAAAAAAAUUCAUGAAAAUUUUUACUUAUUUCGAAAAAAAGAAAAUUUUAAAAAUGAAAAUGUCACAUUUAAAAAAAAAAAAUUAAACACAAAUAAAAAAAUAAUUAAAAAAAAAACUUAA